AUGGUGCCCGCAACAGGUGUGCUUUCAUCAUUGCUGCUGCUGGUAACCAUUGCAGGUUGUGCCUGUAAGCAGUGCAGUGAAGGGAAGACGUAUUCCAAUGCAGUCAUUUUACCUAACUUGAAAACCACCAGAAUCAUGCGGGUGCCUCAAACCUUCCCUGUGGUGGACUGCACGGCCGCUUGCUGUGACCUGUACAGCUGUGACCUGGCCUGGUGGUUUGAGGGCCGCUGCUACCUGGUGAGCUGCCCACACAAAGAGAACUGUGAGCCCAAGAAGAUGGGCCCCAUCAGGUCUUAUCUCACCUUUGUGCUCAGGCCUGUCCAGAGGUCUGCACAGUUGCUGGACUAUGGGGAGAUGAUAUUGAAUAGGGGUUCCCCUUCGGGAGCCUGGGGGGACUUACCUGAGGAUAUCAGAAAGGACUUCCCCUUUCUAGGCAAAGAUCAGGGCCUAGAGGAGAUGUCUGAGUACUCAGAUGACUACAGGGAGCUGGAGCAGGACCUCUUCCAGCCCAUCAGUAAGCAGGAGCCUAGAGGGAGUGCCGAGUACACCGAUUGGGGCCUGCUUCCUGACAGCGAGGGAGGCUUCAACUCCUCUGCUGGAGACAGCCCUACAGCAUCAGCAGAGAAGCAGCAGGACCCAGAGCUCCACGCACUGAAUGAGUCGGCUUGGACCCCUGCCCCAGAGAGAAGUUUGUUGCUUCCCUUGGCAACUACUCCAUCUUCACAAGAGGUAUUGGAAAAAGAAGAGGCUUUUCAGCUCCAGGAACAAUCCAGCAACAGCUCUGGGAAAGAGGUUCUCAUGCCUUCCCGUAAUCCUUCUCCAGCCAGCCUGGAAUUCAGCCCAGCCCCUGUGGAGCAAAGCCCUGCUGUCACAGUCACCCCGAGGAGCACAGAGCGCAGCAUCCCAACACUGCCCACUAGUGCUGUCCCCUCUGGGCCCACCCCAUCUGAGCAGCCCGCAUCUCCUACCACUGCUCCCAGGACAGUGAAUGAACUUACGGUGUCUGCUGGGGAUAACCUAAUAAUAACUUUACCCAACAAUGAAGUUGAACUGAAGGCCUUUGUUGUGCCAGCGCCACCUGCAGAAACAACCUACAACUAUGAGUGGAGUUUAAUAAGCCACCCUGUAGAAUACCGAGGUGAAAUAAAACAAGGACACAUGCAAACUCUUAACCUCUCUCAAUUGGCAGUAGGAUUUUAUGCCUUCAAAGUAGCUGUUUCUAGUGAAACUUCCUUUGGAGAAGGAUUUGUUAAUGUCACUGUUAAGCCAGCCAGAAGAGUCAACCUGCCACCUGUAGCAGUCAUUUCUCCCCUGAUACAAGAGCUCACUUUGCCUUUGACGACCGCCCUUAUCGAUGGCAGCAAAAGUACAGAUGAUACUAAAAUAGUGAGUUAUCACUGGGAAGAAAUUAGCGGGCCCUCCUUGGAGGAGAUGACUUCGGUCGAUUCCCCCAUCUUACGCUUGUCUCACCUUGUUCCUGGUAAUUAUACUUUCAGGUUGACCAUCACAGACUUGGAUGGAGCCACUAACUCCACCACUGCAGCCCUAAUAGUCAACAGUGCUGUGGACUACCCCCCAGUUGCCAAUGCGGGACCAAAUCAGACCAUAACUUUGCCCCAAAACUCCAUCACUUUGAAUGGAAACCAGAGCAGUGAUGAUCACCAGAUUAUCCUCUACGAGUGGUCCCUGGGCCCUAGGAGUGAGAGCAAAGAGGUGACCAUGCAGGGAGUGCAGACACCAUACCUUCACUUAUCUGAAAUGCAGGAAGGAGAUUAUACGUUUCAGCUGAUAGUGACGGAUUCUUCAAGGCAACAAUCCAAUGCUGUGGUCACCGUGAUUGUCCAGCCUGAAGACAACAGGCCUCCAGUGGCUGUGGCCGGCCCCGAUAAGGAGCUGGUCUUUCCAAUGGAAAGUGCCACCCUGGACGGGAGCAGGAGCAGUGAUGACCACGGCAUUGUCUUCUACCACUGGGAGCACGUCAGAGGCCCCAGUGCAGUGGAGAUGGAAAAUAUCGACAAAGCGAUAGCCACUGUCACUGGUCUUCAGGUGGGUACCUACCACUUCCGUUUGACGGUGAAGGACCAGCAGGGACUGAGCAGUACGUCCACCCUCACCGUGGUGGUGAAGAGGGAAAAUAAUAGUCCUCCCAGAGCCCAGGCUGGUGGCAGACAUGUUCUUGUGCUUCCCAAUAAUUCCAUUACUUUGGAUGGUUCAAGGUCUACUGAUGACCAAGGAAUUGUGUCCUAUCUAUGGAUCCGGGAUGGCCAGAGCCCAGCAGCUGGAGAUGUCAUCGAUGGUUCUGACCACAGUGCGGCCCUGCAGCUUACGAACCUGGUGGAGGGGGUCUACACUUUCCACCUGCGGGUCAUUGACAGGCAGGGGGCCUCAGACAUGGACACUGCCACUGUGGAGGUGCGGCCAGACCCUAAGAAGGGUGGCCUGGUGGAGCUGAUCCUGCAGGUUGGUGUCGGGCAGUUGACAGAGCAGCAGAAGGACACCCUGGUGAGGCAGCUGGCGGUGCUGCUGAACGUUCUGGACUCAGACAUUAAGGUUCAGAAGAUCCAGGCCCACUCGGACCUCAGCACCAUGAUUGUGUUUUAUGUACAGAGUGGGCCACCUUUCAAGGUUCUCAAAGCUGCCGAAGUGGUCCGAAAUCUGCACAUGCGGCUCUCAAAGGAGAAGGCUGACUUUUUGCUUUUUAAGGUCUUGAGGAUUGACACAGCAGGUUGCCUUCUGAAGUGCUCUGGCCAUGGUCACUGCGACCCCAUCACAAAGCGCUGUGUUUGUUCUCAGUUGUGGAUGGAGAACCUUAUACAGCGCUAUAUCUGGGAUGGAGAGAGCAACUGUGAGUGGAGUAUAUUCUAUGUGACAGUGUUGGCUUUUACCCUCAUAGUGCUAAUGGGAGGUUUAACUUGGCUUUGCAUCUGCUGCUGCAAGAGAAGAAAAAGAACUAAAAUAAGGAAAAAAACAAAGUACACCAUCCUGGAUAACAUGGAUGAACAGGAAAGAAUGGAACUGAGGCCCAAGUAUGGUAUUAAGCACCGAAGCACAGAGCACAACUCCAGCCUGAUGGUGUCUGAGUCUGAGUUUGACAGUGACCAGGACACAAUCUUCAGCCGAGAAAGGAUGGAAAGAGGGAAUCCAAAGGUUUCCAUGAAUGGCUCCCUCAGAAAUGGAGCUUCCUUCAGUUAUUGCUCAAAGAACAGAUAA